UUUUGGUAUAAAAAAGAACAAGUGUACCGGUCAACCGCCACUUCAAUAACAGCAACCCUCCUAGCACAAAGCCAAAAGAGUUGUCCAAAUUAAGUUUAUAUGAAAGAACAAGAAGCUAUAAGUUUUCAUGGCUCCAAGAAUCGGUGAAGCCACCGGAAAAAUGACACAGCUUUGCCGGAAAAUUGUAAAUGUCAACAUUAGGUGGAGUAUAUUGGAAAGGGUAUCCAUUUUUCGCCGAUUCUUUCAUUUCGUUUGGGACAGAAUUCUUGUUUGCUCCAUGGGGAAGUCAAUUGGGUAUCAACCUUUGUCCAACCGGCCUUCUUCUCCGUCCAUGGAGGCUCUCGAGUCCGGUCUGGGACCGGAGUGCCCCACAACCUCCUGUAGCGGAUAUGAUACAGAUUCAGAUUUAGUCACCUUGAAGAUCAGUCUACUGGGUGAUUGCCAAAUUGGAAAAACAAGCUUUGUGAUCAAGUAUGUAGGGGAUGAACAAGAAAAGAGAUGUCUGCAGAUGAAAGGAUUAAAUUUAAUUGAUAAAACAUUAGUCGUACAAGGUGCACGGAUUGCAUUUAGGAUAUGGGAUGUGGGAGGUGACAACAGAUCGCUUGAUCAUGUUCCCAUUGCUUGCAAAGAUGCAGUAGCAAUUUUGUUUAUGUUCGAUCUUACUAGCAGGUGUACACUAAAUAGUGUUAUUGGAUGGUAUAAUGAAGCAAGAAAGUGGAAUCAGACAGCAAUUCCAAUACUAAUUGGGACCAAAUUCGAUGAUUUUGUCCAACUUCCCCCAGAUUUACAAUGGACAAUUGUGGCUCAGGCGAGGACAUAUGCAAGGGCUAUGAAGGCGACACUUUUCUUUUCGAGUGCAACGCACAACAUCAAUGUGAACAAGAUCUUCAAAUUUAUAAUGGCCAAGCUCUUUAACUUGCCGUGGACGCUCCAAAGAAACCUCACACUAGGAGAACCCAUCAUUGACUUCUAAACCAAUCUUACCACAACAUGUUCCAAUCCACUUGUACAUAGUCAAGGAAUACAAACACCACAGUUUUCUUUCGUUUUCA